GCCACGGCACUCUAGCCUGGGCAACAGAGUUAGACUCUGUCUCAAAAAAAGAAAAAAAGAAAUAGUCCAAACAGAGGACAAGGACUCGCCAAAGUUCAAACACCUGGCUGGAAUAGGGGUGCAGCUGUGGAUGAAUGUUGGCCCUGGAAGAGCCUGGGAGGUGAUGGGUGACAGUUGGGUUUGAAGGGCCUCUGUUGCCAGAAGCCAUGAGGACCUCUGAAAGGGAGGCUGAGUCAAAGGUGACUAGAACUGAGGAGCAGCAAAGGAGUAGGGGAGGCGACAAGGCUGAUCUCUAAUCGGAUUUGUCCCAGGCCUGGGAGGGCAGCUGAGUUUCCCCACGGCAGUAUUCUGAGCUUGGGGCUGACUAGUCAGUCACUCAAGUCUGUACAUAAUUUCCAGUGUCGGAACUGGACAGGCGACCUCGAGAGACCAGUGAGUCCACCGCUAGUUUUCAGGGUCUGUGAGGACUGUGGAGAUGGUUGGGGCAGCGACCAUGUUGGUGUGUUUAUCCCCAGCUUCUGUAGAGCCUGGACUAAGUAGGAAUGCACAUAUUUUUGUUCAGGGCAUACAUACAAGAAUGAAUGUGCUCAUACCAGAAACAGGCUGAGAGCACAGACAGGAGGGGCGUAAAAUCACCCAGCAGUUCCGAGGUAGAAGCUGAUAAAUAUUCCUGGGACUCAGUAGGACACACAGCCUGAGUACUAACGCAGGUGGCUGUGAGCUCUUUUUCAGAAGGGGUUAAGCACAUUCACAUUGUUGUGCCACCCUCAUCACCCUCCAUCUCCAGAAGAUUUUUAUCUUCCCAAACUGAGGCUUGAUAGCUAUCAAACGCUAAUUCCCACUGCCCUGGCCCCCACCCCCACCAUUUUGCUCUGUUUUUGUUUUUGUUUUUUUUUAAAGCCAGUCAAAUUUAGCAGUGGGGGUUUGAAUACCAACUUUAGCGAUACUAACGUUAAUAAGUUCUGACAACUCCUACCAUCGGACCAGCCUGCUCUGUCUGCUUGACUACUCUGGGGACCUCACGUAAGUGGAAUCAUGUAGUAUUUGUCCUUUUUAUAGAAACUCACCAUGUCCCAAGGCAGCCUUACUUAUCCUGGGACAAACUUUGUUCAAGCCCAUGACUGAGAAUGAGGCUUCUCUUCCUGAUGGUCCUUGGGGCCCUCCUCUGGCUUCCCAGCCUCCCACCUGCAGGCCGAACAUCCUAGAACUUCAGGUGGGCUCCUGUGCGACAAGCCCCAGACCCGGCGUGUCCUCUGUGUGCUCCAGUCGAGCUGUGAUUCACACAACACAGAGUUCGCCCUUUCAAGCCUACAGUUCGGUGGGUUCUAGUAUAUUCAGAGUUGUGCAGCUAUCACCACUGUCUAAUCCCACAUUUCAUCGCCCUAAGAAACCCCACGCCUGUUAGCCGUCAGUCCUUUCGCUCCCCUUCACCCCCCCUGGCAACCUCUAAUCUACCGCUGUGGACUUGCUUGUUCUGGACACUUAGGUAAGUAGAACCGUACGCUAUGUGGCUUCUGUGACUGGCUUCUUACUCAAGGUUCACCCAUGUUGUAGCAUGUGUCACAAGUUCCUUUUUGAGGCCGAGAACAUCCUAUGACGUGUGCACCUUGUUGUUUAUGCACUUCUCUGUUGGGGGACGCUUGGGUUGAGUUGCAUUUGGGGGGGCUCUUGCAUUUGCUUUUGGAUGUGUUUGUUCCAGACCAGGGUUCCCUGGGCACAGGAUUAUGUGCUGUCCCACCCAUCGGCCCAGCGGCUAAACCAGGCUUUGCACAAACCUGGGACAGGCUCUUUGAGGAUUUAUUAAACCGAACUGAACAUUGGGUCAUGCGGGGGACAGGGUUUUUCCAUCCUGUGGGCAAGUGACCCUUGGCUGCCCUCUUGUGCUCUCCGGAAGGCCAGCAGGAGGCUUGGUCAUCGUCAAGGUGGCUCCAAGGGCUCAUGCUUAUCUCCUUGUGGGGAGAGGGCACUGGCUGCCUCUCCUUUCCUCAUGCCUCGCUGUUGUGCGGAGCCGGGCACCCUGCUGUCCUGGGUGCCAUGGUGGAGGCCUGUGUUUGGAGAUUAAACCUGUCAGAGGCAGGCAGGCGUCAACCCGUGGUCCUGUCUGGUGGCUACAGCUAGACUUGGAGGCUCCCCAUGGCGGAAUGGACAGAACAGCUGUGUGGCUGUGAGCAGGUUACCCAGGCUGUCUGAGCUGCCGCCUCCUUCUCACAGUGGGAAGGUGACAUCUAGCACAGGUGGAGCAUGACAGCAUGCAGCCAACAGCGGGGGACAGCUCCAUGCUUAUUCUCAGCCCAGCAUUGGGUGACCCCUUUGGGGCUUUAAGCAAGGAGCCAGGAGUGGCAGGUGACAUACAGCUUCUGCCAGGGUCUGGGGUCAGUCUGUGAUAUGAAUAUGAGCACAGAUCCUAUCUGGUAUUUUCUUUGGGGUGAGGUGAGUGGGGAACCCCUAGGCAGGGCCUGAAAACCUGCAGAGGCAUUCUGCUGGGCUGUCAGCCUGCGCCUCGGUACCGGCAUUUUUAGCAUCCUGUUCCAGGUCAGAGCUGUGCCUGCGGCAGAGUUUGCCAGGUGGGAGGAGACAGGGGACUUGUUUCUAAGGCUCGUCCCCUUUGCCAGUGCUUCUGUCCUGUUUAGAAUUGAAAGGAGAGAGCGUGGAGGAAGGUUGGAAUUGACUUUGGAGUCACUAGGGGCACAGAGUCUGGCCUCGUGUUCUUAUCUGGUGGAUCUGGGAGCCAGCCCUCAGCUCCACGCAGCCACUGCUGGCCCCUUAUGUGGGGACCAAGCUGUGGCCUUGCAGGCGAUGGAGGGAGGGUCCUCUGGUUCUGGGUUUGCAGGAGGACAUGGCAUGGAUCCCUGGUGGCUCCUGAAACAGCCAUGGAGGCCUUCAGGUCAAUGGGCUGUGCAUUUUCGCUACGUGGUGUUCCAUCCCUUCCUGGACGAGAUUCUGAUCGGGAAGAUCAAAGGCUGCAGCCUGGAGGGAGUGCACGUGUCUCUAGGGUUCUUCGAUGACAUCCUCAUCCCUCCAGAGUCGCUACAGCAGCCAGCCAAGUUUGACGAGGCAGAGCAGGUAUGGGUGUGGGAGUACGAGACGGAGGAAGGAGCGCAUGACUUAUACAUGGACACUGGCGAGGAGAUCCGCUUCCGGGUAGUGGACGAGAGCUUUGUGGACACGUCCCCCACAGGACCCAGCUCGGCUGAGGCCACCUCUUCUAGUGAGGAGCCACCAAAGAAGGAGGCCCCGUACACACUCGUGGGAUCCAUCAGUGAGCCAGGCCUGGGCCUUCUCUCCUGGUGGACCAGCAACUAGCCCUGGGGCUCCACAGUGGAUCCUGCCCAUUGGCAGUCCCCACCCCUAGGAAGGUUGUGCGGCAAGCUGUGAAGACAGCAGCAGCUGAGGCUGAUGCUACCAGCAACUGGACAGGGAGAGGGGCCAGAAGUGCCCGCCAGCUUGUCCCCCAUGCCAUCCUGGUCCUGCUCCUCCUCCCAGAGCUGCUACUGAAGUCCUGCCAUCCCCACAGACUUCUGGCUUUCGGCAAAGACACUCAAUAAACAACGUCAGUAGGGAAAGGGUCUUAAGGGUUGAUGCCAUGACCCAAGGUUACCGAGUUGCCAUGGCAUGUCCUUCCUCACCCCAGAUCGCUUGUGGAGAUGCUUUCUCCCAACGCCCUCAAAAUGGCAAGACUUGGGGGCUGUGAGAUGCAGGCUGCCUCAGGCUGGGCUUUGGGCCCUGGAAGCUGCCAGUAGCUGACGGCGUCUAAACAUGAAGGAGCAGCCACCUUCCCAUCAGCUUUAGGAGGAGAGUAGCCCGAGUCAGCCAAACCAGCUCCUGCUCAAGGAGUGGAUGCCGUGGACUCUGGUGACCAUUCUCCGUCAUCUCCCACCUCCUUCCCUGCCACGGUACAGCAGAAAGCCUGGGGCCAGCUGACACUCGGACCUUAGCCUCUGCCAUGAGCACCCUGCAGGUCUGCUGGGUUUUGCCAGGUUCCUCCUGCUCUUUCUCCCACAUCUGCUGACACCAGGACACUCAUUUUGCAGUAAGUCUUAUCCUGGUGAUGGGGCCUCCUGCCCUGGGCUCUAAUGGGGCAACAGAGAAUGGAGGUGCUGGAAGCAUGUGUGCCUGGCCUCCAGCUGGUGCUCUGCUUCCCUAAAAUAAAAUUAAGAAAAUAGCAGUGC